UGGUUUGAUCCCUUUUGAAAUUUGAAGCAACUGCACUGGUUUACGACAGCAAUACGCUUUACGGCAUCACGGUAGCAAAAUGGCGUCUGGCAGUGCGUCCAAGAAUGAUUUUCGUCGUAAAUGGGACAAAGAUGAAUAUGAACAGCUGGCCCAGAAACGACUCACGGAAGAGAGAGAGAAAAAAGAUGGCAAGCCUGUGCCCCCCGUCAAGCGGGAGCUUCUCCGCCACAGAGAUUAUAAAGUGGAUCUGGAGUCAAAACUGGGGAAGACUCUCGUCAUCACAAAGACCACACCACAGGCUGAGAUGGGAGGGUACUACUGCAAUGUCUGUGAUUGUGUAGUAAAAGAUUCCAUCAAUUUCUUGGAUCAUAUCAAUGGUAAAAAACAUCAGAGAAACCUGGGAAUGUCCAUGCGAGUGGAGCGCUCUUCAUUGGAUCAAGUUAAAAAACGUUUUGAAGUAAACAAGAAAAAACUGGAGGAAAAGCAGAAGGAGUAUGAUUUUGAGGAACGAAUGAAGGAGUUGCGAGAGGAGGAGGAGAAAGCGAAAGCUUACAGAAAAGAAAAGCAAAAGGAAAAGAAAAGAAAGGCAGAAGAAGAUCUCAACUUUGAAGAUGAUGAUGAAAUGGCUGCUGUGAUGGGAUUCUCAGGUUUUGGAUCCUCCAAAAAAGGCCACUGAUCACUCAUUUUAAAAGUUUGCUCACCAAGGCCUUCUGUGAAUAGGUAUCCCUGAACUGUAUGAAAAUUUUCAAGAACUUCAUUAUUGCUUUACAGGACCACACAGCUUUUUGUUGCGCAUUCUGUUAAACACCUCUGAUUCAACACAUGUGGUGGGUAACCUGUUCUUGGCCCUUGAUUAUAGAACAUCAGCAUAACUCUGUCAAUCUAAAUUGAGCUCCUUAUUAUGAUGGAAGUUUUUGUUAUAAAGUGUAAAUAGGGCUGCAUAUGCAUAAAUGUUUUAUGAGUUGUGUCUGAAGUUACCAUCUUAUACCUUCUAAACAAUGAAACAGAAAAGGUUCAAAUUAAAACAAUAUAACCUCAAGACUUGAUGCUUCUAUUCCCCAGCAUCUCUGUGGAUGUGGGGCUGACAAGGAAUUGAAAACCUGUUGAAGUUAUAAUUAUAGAGCUUUUUAUUAUUAUUAUUAUUAUUAUUAUUAUAAGGAGACUGAUAGAUUGUAAUUUGUGGUUAUUUUACAUUAAAACAUUGACUUUUUUUUUUUUUUUACAUGAAACAUUGAAGUUUUCCAGUGUAUUAAAGUACAAUACUAACUA